GUUGACAAUUCCGAUAUGUCCGAACAACGUGCAGUUGACAGUUCCGAUAUGUCCGAACAACGUGCAGUUGACAGUUCCGAUAUGUCCGAACAACGUGCAGUUGACAGCUCCGAUUCAGCCGAGCAACGUGCAGUUGACAAUUCCGAUAUGUCCGAACAACGUGCAGUUGACAGCUCCGAUAUGUCCGAACAACGUGCAGUUGACAGCUCCGAUUCAUCCAAGCAACGUGCAGGUGACGGCUCCGGUGCAUCUGAGAAACGUGCAGGUGACGGCUCCGGUGCAUCUGAGAAACGUGCAGGUGACGGCUCCGAUGCAUCCGAGCAACUUGCAGGUGACAGAUCCACGCGUGCGGAUGUGUCUCGGCUACUUCUGCUGCUAUUGGGGCUAUGGGGCGUUGCGGCCCUGUGCUGA